AUGAAAUUCCAAAUUCCCUUGCUCGCCUCUUUAGCUCUUAUUGCUGGUGUUCAAGCCGCACCUGUUCCUGGACUUCUCGGUAACAUCAUCAAUCCAUUACAACAGCAACGUCCAUCCGCCACUCCCACUUCCAACGCCGUUCCUCCCCAACCCACUGCAACUGGUGGUGGACUUCUCGAAUCCAAUACCGGUUCUUCGCUUUCGUCCAUCCUCAAUUCAUUGAAGAUCACUACUCCGGAAGGACUCGAUACAACUUUGAACGGUAUCAAGCUGACUGGAUUGGACGACUUACAGCUCAGUCAAUUCCUGCAGUUCAUCCUGCUUGGUCCCGGUGUGCACAUCCCAAGUGGACAAGACAUCAAUGAUAUAGUCAAUCAAAUCAUUUUGGAUCUCGAUAACGAGAUUACCACGGGGAACGAGAAUGGGAAUGGUAAAGGAGGGAUCUUAGGUAAUAUAUUCAACAGUGGUGCUGCACCUGGAGCGCAAGUGUCCCAUCACGCUUUACAAGAUAUCGAUGCGAUCUUUACGGAUGGCGCAUUCGAGAGGUUCCAAAGUACCUACAAAGCCACUCCGACCUCUAAAUCAGGUAACUUACCUGCAAUCGACCUAGGACCAUUGGCAAAUAUCAAACCUAGCGCCACCAUUGGACUAUUACCUUCUGGCAGCAACAAGAGUGCACUUGGUUUAGCUAAUGUAGAUGGCUCUGCUGAUGUGAAUGUCGAGGGCGCAAAAAUCACCUUAAGUCCUCAGAUUCACCUCUAA